UUGUGUCUGUGUUGCAAUAAAUUUUCUGGGAUUUAAUCUCUUUUAGUCAAUUAUAUUACUUGAAAAUCCCUUUUGACAGGAGGUAUGAGAGAAAUCGUGACUAUCCAAGUUGGGAGUUAUGCCAACUUCAUUGGUUCUCACUUCUGGAACUUUCAGGUACAGGUUUCAUAUUGUAUUCAUCCUCCUUGAUGUUCAUGUUUGAUUUUUGACCAGUUCGUGUAUAAAUCACCAUUUUUGCAAUUAUACUAAUUUUCUUGCUUAGUAACUUGAUUGUCUAGCUUUUAGUAGCUUACAUUGUUACAUCGAUUAAUAUUUUUUGUUUUCUGUUUUUCCUGUUUCGGCUAUAUGACCUAAAUAUAUGGCUAUUAUUGAUGUGAGGUAGACAAUUUUUGUAGACACGGUUUAGGGUACCAAUGUUGUGUGUGACUCUUUUCUAUGGAGCAAUUUCACAUGAACUCAGGUACAAAACAUUGUACAAGACUUUUUACGAAAAAUAAAACAAAAGGGUUGAUAAUGUUGUAUGGGGUUUUUGGUCCCGAUCUAAUUCAUCUUUUUUAUCAAAAUUUUCGUGUAAUUUAGGAGUAAUAGUCAAACAUACCUAUUCCCCUGUCCUUUCAUGCUAAUGGGUUGCUCCAGACUCCAUAGUGAGGUAAAGUUUCGAGGUUACAGGUUAUGGCCUUCUAAUGAGAAGAUUCUUUUAAGCAUUUUUGUGCUCUGUCCGAAAAGCAGGUUUGGAUUGGUAGUUAAUGCUGAAUUUUACUCUCUCCUCAAGGUGUUUGAACUGUUAUAUGUUGAUUUGUGCCUGCUGAAGACAAGUGAAACUUAUGUUGACUUUGAAUUUGGAUUGCACCUUUUGUGGUGUGGAGGAUUAUCUCUUUUGAAGUUGGUAAGGAUUUGAGAAGGAAUAGGAACCAUCUUUUUUGAAACCUAGGAACCAUCAGCUAAUAAAAAAAAAACCUUAUUUUUUGUCAUUUUUGGCAAGAAAAAAAAAGUUAUAAAUUAGCAGCAGAUCGGAACAUAUUAUUAGCUAAGGGCAAGUGGAGAUUUGGGAAGGAUUUUAUACUGGGUUUUAUAGCAAUGGUAAGGUGGACGCUUGUUCAUUUCUGUGUUAAUGUGCAUGCACCUCACCUUAUUGCUUGCCAGCUGAUAAAGAGAUUUAUUUUUCGCUUACUCUUUUAUUCUCAAGUUUUGGGCUUCACAUGUGAUCUUUUAAGUUGACAAACUCCUGGCUUCAUUUACCUGCUCCCUGCUUUAUGUUAGUAUUGUUGAAUUCAUCUGUACAUUGCCAACAUGUGCUGGGGUGGUUGAAUUAUCUGCUGUUCUCAUUGCAAACAAAUACAUUGACCUCAUGUGCUCAAUUUGAAGGAUGAAUUACUUGGGUUGGCUGAGGACCCUCAGAGCGAUGAAGUGUUUAAGAAUCACCAUCUUGAUAUGGAUGUGCUCUACCGUUCUGGUGAAACACCACAGGGCAUUCUUACGUACACGCCUCGCUUGGUUUCCGUUGAUUUUCAAGGUUCUCUUGGAUCCGUGAGUUCAUGUGGUACACUGUACAAUGAUAUCCCAACUGUACGAUCUGAUGUUGUCACAUGGACUGGUAACAUCUCCACUCAUGCAACUGAACGCCGAACGAAGAACUUGUUCUUGCAAAGUUUAUACAAGGAAGAACAUAAAAGAUUGGGGAUGGAGAAUGGUGUGAAUGGUGGGAAGAAUGAUUCUGAGGGUGAAAUUCAAGAUAAGGACAUUGUAGAAUGUCUACAAGACGGUGUUCAAUAUUGGACAGACUUUUCAAAAGUCCACUAUCAUCCCCAGAGUUUGUUUGAAUUAACUGGACUAGGAAUGGACAUUAGGGAAUUCCAGAAUUAUGGAAUUGGAAGGGAUGCCUUCUCUGAGGCUUUACAAGGAGAAGAAAUAAUUGAGAGGCUUCGUUUUUUUAUAGAAGAGUGUGACCAUAUUCAGGGGAUUCAAUUUAUUGUUGAUGACUCUGGAGGAUUUUCUGGUGUGGCUGCGGAAUUUUUGGAGAAUAUUGUGGAUGAGUACACAAACGUUCCAAUGUUGCUCUAUAUGGUGCGGAGCCCGGGCUCUUACAUUAACCUCACAAGCCAGAAGCAGAGAAUCUCUCAGACUCUUCAUGAUGCAAUUUCAUUUGCAAAACUGUCAUCCUUGUGUAAAUUGAUCGUGCCUAUUGGUUUACCCUCCCUGAGUAAAACUUUCAGGUUUCUCCCCAUAAAAGACGAAAAGCCUUACUACUCCAGUGCAAUCUAUGCAUCUGCACUGCAUUCUAUUAGCCUCCCUUUCCGAAUGGAACCACUUGGUCCCACUGCAGAAUCGUCUUAUAUAUCUGGUGCUGUGGAUAUAUAUGGGGUCAUUCAAAUGUUAGCAGGCCAAGCUAGGCAAAAUAGUGUUGCUAUUCUGGAUGUUGCAAUGCCAGCUCCUCCCCUCAGUGGGGAACAGAUUGAGCAAUCUUUGUUGGGGAAUUUGCAGACAUUGACCCCAGAGACCGCAGAUAACAUGGGAGACUUGCAAGCAGUGGAAUCCAUGACUGUUCAUGGAGCUAUUGGUUCUGGAGGUCAGCAGGCGUCGGUUUCUGAAGUAAAGGACAGAGUUCAAGCUGCUUAUGAAAAUGCACUCACAAGGCCGAUGUUCUCUCAUCUGUCAGUGGCUCGUUGUCCUCUUCCAAUACCCUUGCCAUUUCCUUCAAUAUUUGGGAAUCUUGUUGGCCAACAUGGCGAGCUGUUAAGUAACCCAAUUUCAGGUUCCCCAUCAAGGGGAUCACUCCAUGUCCAUUCAAUCCCCAUGGCAGCAAGAUUGCGUUCUAGCACUGCUAUCUUACUGUUCUUGGAAAAGAGGUUGGCAAAUCUUCGGAGGUUUGGUAUGGAACGAGGUCUUGGCACCGAGAUAGUUAGAAGUUGGGGAUUUGGAAAGGAGGAAGUGGAAGACAUUGGAGAAACACUGUCUAAGAUGGUUACAACAUUGGAUCCUCGUUUGCAAGCAUCAUCAGAUUCAGAUUGA